CUGUUUCGCAAACUAAUCACAUUUUCUUCGUUUUCUUCCUCGCAGAAAUGUCCAGCACCGUCAACAAGACCGGCAAGAAGACCCGCUCGGCCAUCGCCGAUGUGGUGUCCCGCGAGUACACCAUCAACAUGCACAAGAGAAUGCACGGUGUUAGCUUCAAGAAGCGUGCUCCCCGCGCUAUCAAGGAGAUCCGCGCCUUCGCUGAGCGUGCUAUGGGCACCACCGACGUCCGCGUCGACCCCCAGCUCAACAAGAAGGUCUGGGAGGCCGGCAUCAAGGGCGUCCCCUUCCGUCUCCGUGUCCGCAUCUCCCGCAAGCGUAACGACGAGGAGGGCGCCAAGGAGAAGCUCUACUCCUACGUCCAGGCCGUCAACGUCAAGGAGGCCAAGGGUCUCCACACCGUCGUUGUUGAUGACGAGUAAAUUUUUUCAGACUCGCUUCAUCAAUAAAAGACAGUGCUUGAUUCCCCCCUUAACAAAAAAAACGGUCCUCAUUGUAUGAAACCAAAAUUUCUAUCUCUAGAAUAAUGAAUGGGACAAUAUGAUGUCGGGUGGUUUGCUGGAA